GAAAUAUACGCGUGCAAUCGUGUCGCUGUGUACGAGCCUAUAAAUACAUAUUCACGAGCGGAUGUUGAGGCAUUGCUAAGGUCCACGUGGUCGUGGAUCACGGUGGUGGCAACAGUCGGCCUCCGACCGUCGUCCAAGUGUGCAUAAACGCGAGCCGGUGUGUUUCUCUUUUACGAGACGAGCAGCGAGAGCGAGGAGGAUCGUGAACCGAGGGAACAGGUCGGGACGAGUUCCCUUUCGAAUGGUGUUUUCGUCCCGAGUAGCUACCUUGAGGAAGUAGCGGCCGUUCGAUCGCAGCGUUUGCCAAAAUCCGCACAGUGGCCCGGGUCCGAGCUUCGCCUCGACCGGAGAUCGCGACACGACACCUUCACCUGUGUCCUCGAGUCGUCUCGACGACGGAACGACGAUCCGCUGCUGAUCUUGGCCCUUAAUCGCGAGACUAGAGAUCGGUGCAACGAUCCCUGCCGUUUUUUCCCUUUUUCCCGCGCCCGGUUACGGUGUGUGCACGCGGUGUUGGUGACUGCGGUUUCACGAGUUCGCGACCCGUCAGAUCGAUGAAGCUCGAGUGAUAUUACAGCUGCCGCGUUGGCCUUUGUUCGCGGAUAAAGCGUCUGCUGAUCUAUCGAUCCGCGCGAUUCCGAGGAAUUCAUCGAGCGAGAAAACAUCUAUCGCGACAUCGGCGAAGAUGAGGCUCGACCAGAUCGGACUUCUCUUAUGGAAGAAUUACAUCGUCCGAAAACGUCAGCCGGGCAUAUUGGCUCUGGUAUUCGUAUGGCCCGUGGUCGUGUUCAUGAUCCUCUACACGAUUCGCGACAACGUGGAUCCAAAGUACUAUCCAACUUGCCAAUUUCCUGCCAGGUCGAUGCCGCAGAAUGGCCUGCUCCCAUUCGUUCAGAGUUUCAUUUGCAGCAUCGGGAACCCCUGCGAUCCUCUAUCGGAAUACGAAGAAGUACCAUCUUACAAAAACGCCACUCUAGGUCCACUGAUGCUAGAGUUGCAGCCGAUGCUCGGUAACGAAACGAUUCUUUCGGCUGUCAGCACGUUGCCGCACAGCAUCCAGCUCCUAAAGUCAAUGGCGCAGAUACUCACCAGACCGGAAAUCAAAGCGUUGUUCGAUCGAGGUAUUCGACUGGGUGAUCUGUUCAACAACCACGAGGAGAUCAAGAACCUUCUCAGGCUGCAGGUACCGCAAGCGCGAAAGGAAUUGAUCGACGAACUGUUCGACUCGUCCAUAAAGUUGCUAUACCUCAUCGAGGCAUUCGGUUCGUCUAAUAUCGACGGAGUGAUUUGUUCGCCGGAAAGUUUGAAGAAGUACUUGAUUCUGCCAAACGAGAAAGACUACGCGGAGAUUUCGAAGAUCCUCUGUGACAUCGACUCGGAGAAGAUACCCAACAUGCUCGAGAGUUUGUCCAAGCACCUUGAUUUCUCAGGGUUGCUGGAAAUGGCGGACCGGGUAAUGGCGAAGUUUCGCGACUACGAUUUUUUCAAGGACUUGAAGAGCGCCGUGGAAACGAUCCUGGACCUUGAGAUCGUGAAGAAGUACGUCCCCGAGUACUUGAGGAUACACCAAUGGCUGCCAAAGAUGAUAAUGGUGUUCAAGAACGUCACGUUUAAAGAGAUCGAUCCGAGUUUCGUGCACAAGUCGUUGGAAGUUUUGGAUCCGGUGUUCUCGGAGGAAGAAGACUGGUCUACCGUGCGACAGAUAUUUUUGAGACUGGAAAAGUUACUACAGUUGGCAAAAGGGAUGAUGGAGGGUCAAACCACCGAAUCCACCGACAGUUUCUUCGCGAUAGUGCAACGUUUGUCCAGUACGGCUCGAACCGUGUUCGGGGACAUAAGGAAGACCGAGAAUUUGACUCAAGUUUUGGAUUUGAGCAUUGCCAUGCUGCACGAUGGCGCCCAAUUGACGGAGAAGAUUUUGGACCGUCACACGGACGACUUGCAGCUAUCAGCCGAGAUCAUAGAUGGACUGAGGGAUUUUCUGUCGCAAAAAGUUCUAGCCAUGUUGAGUUACAUUUUAGCCGGCAUGCAAAUUACCGCCAGGUUGCUGCACCAUGUCGCUGUUAUUCACGAGGACGUUCAGUACAGAAUUUACAAUAUUUCCAUAAAUCAUAAAGACACGGUGCAAAAAUUGCUAACAAACGUGGACCCGAAUUUUUAUCGAACACUCGUUAAAUCCUUCUCCAAACUGGACUUCGUAGAGAAUUUCGUGGAAGAGGUCCGGUUCAAGAAUCCCGGUGAUUAUUUUUGCCGAGAUGAGACGAUGAACGAAAUCUUCGACUUCUUCAGGGCCGAGAAGAACGAAUCUAGGUACAUCGAAGAAGUACUGUGCAGCGAUGACGGAAGGAAGUUUAUCUCGGACGUGUACGACAGUUUCGAGCUGAAGAACUUCGAAAGCCUCGUAAGCGACUCUUUGCUAGCUGCCAUCACCAUGAUGUUCAACCAAGUGAUCGGUGUGGAGAAAUCGAACCUGACGUCGGUCGUGAGCAGCACGAAAGAAUUGGUGUCGUACUUGAAGUUACCGAGCAGGCCAGAUCCCGACUGGACUGCCUUUAAAUUUAGCGAAGGAUGGGGUGAAGCUUUCGAAGAAACUCAGCAACAAGGAAGAAUGAACAUCCUGGGUGUCCACUUGAGCAUAGCGAAAUCGAUCGGGUCCACCAGUUUAUCUUACGCGGUUAUUAAAUCUGACCUGUCGGACAUGGACGUACUCGCUGGUAGAAUCCUGAAUCAUUUACGGUUGAGACCCACGACUUGGAUCGGUGAAAUUAGACAGAGGAAGAUGGAGCUGAUUGAAUCGUUCUACUUGACUGUAACCGACAAGGAUAAGGCUUUGAAAAUUCUGGAAUACGACGAUUUCAUGGAUGCCUAUUGCAGGAGAUCGAAUGAGACGACUUUAAUAAAUUUUCCAAAAGGUUCGAACGAAACACUACUGAAAUCAUUGGUUUGCCACGUUAUAACGAUAAUGGAUUCUGAAAUAAGGACUGAAAUAUCGCGCAACGAAUCUACGGAUUUCAACUGGACGGAAUUCAACGUGAAAGUGAUCGAGAUUUAUCGGUAUAUCGAUAGUUUGAUCUAUCAAGAGGAUUCCAACUACGAUUUCGCUCGGUUGGAAAAGUUAAAAGAAGAUUUCCGGACAUCGUGGAGCAUCGAUGUCAGCGUCAAAGACGUUCUCGAGCUGAGCGUAGGUUUGAUCUGCAAGUUCUUCGGCCUGAUACAGAAUCAUCCUUUCAAUAUUCCAACUGAAAUCAAUAAGAUAAACGCGAUUGGCUUGGCGUCCAACGUGAUCUUCAACAACAUUGAAAGGGUUGUUGAUGGAAUUUUGAAGAACAAUCAAACGGCGAAGUUGAGCGAGAUGCUGCCGGACUUGCCGGAGACGACGAUUCUCGCAAGCGCCAUUUUGAGGAAUCUGUCUCCUCUGGUUCUCGACGUGGUCGACAUUAUCACCAUGAAACCUAUUCAUCUCAUAUCCAUUCUGGGCGAUUACAAAUCGCAAGAAAAACAAUGGCCCUGUGUAGAAAAGGAGAGCGUCGGGUCUGCCAUGGAGUUGCGCAGCGGUACUCGCGAAAUAAUACGAGAGAUCGAGAGGAUAUCGUGCAAUCCAGGUUUGUUCAUUCGAGAAUGGCAAGAACAUCCUGUGCUAAAGAAGGCAAGAAGGAUCUUUCAGCAAAAGGACAAGACAAGAUUACCGCCUUUCAAUUGGUCGGAAGGCUACGUAAAUUUUCGUCAACUGGCUAGCAAGUUGGACGAUCUGAUUAACGACGCGAAACAGGUUGUUCUAGAGGAACAACCGAAUUUGUGGGAGCACCUGGAGUCUCUCGUGCCGGAAGUUAAGAGCAUAUUCGACAAGCGAUGGCCGGACGUGCAGAACGAUGGCAGGAGUAUCCUUGAUUACGUUGACAUGGAGUUGGACAAAACGGUGUGGGCUUUUCAAACUUACCUGUCGGCCAGCAAUGUUUGGAGGGAUCGGAACAUGCCCAUUCAAGAUCUCAUUCUCGUGCUUACGAAGUUUUCCUCUCAGGUCCUUCACAAGAUAAUAAAGACUGCAACUAACAUCCUGCGAGAUUUGUCACCGCCGGAUUCUCCGCGAAAGCUGAACUUCUUAGCAUUGUUGGGAUUUUACAAAAGAUCGCCGAUCUCGAUUUACUACUACGAAUUACCCAAUAUUUUGGCCACAUUGAUCAACGGAUUAGACAAUAUGAAUAUCGGUAAUCGGAUUGACACUUUACUGGAGAACAUGUACAGUGGCAGUGUUUCUUGUUCCCAAUUGUUCGAAUGGUGGUCAGAUUCUCUCGUCGGUCUCGACCCCGAACAAUAUAGGGCCCUGAAGAAUUUCACCUGCGACCUUGACCCUGAAAACGUCAAUGCUUACACCGAUUUGUUACUGUCGGAGAGUGAUCUCUGGCUGAAACCUCUUAACAAAUACCGAUCUUACACGUUUACAGUGAUCGGUGACAUGUACGAUUUUGUAACCGAGGUCUCCAAGUUAUACAAGGAUUUAGAGAACAAGGACGUGGAAGUCGAGGUACUAUUCUCGACGGAUUAUUGGUUAAGCACUAUUCGCAAGUUAAAGAGCGCUCUGGAGCUCCGCGGUAAAGAGAAACCGGACUUGAAAAGAAAUCAGAACACCAUGUUACUCGAGGGUGUUACCGAGGGUUUGCUUCACAUCGCGAAUGCGAUGAACAAUAUUAAAACGACCAAUGGCGAUGUCCACAUCUGGGACUUCGUCGAAAGCAGCGACGCGCGCCAGUUGCUGAAGAUCCUCGAUACUCAUCCCGAAGAAACGAUCAUUUUGAUAUCCAGUCUCUAUUCGAGUACCUGGAUCCUGCUGUUAGAUAACAUCGAGACUUUCGAAAAUGUGAAGAAAAUCAUGUGUAAUUUCCGGUUUAACUCGAGCUACUGGUCCACUCCGAAUAGAACUCGGUUCAUAAAUGAAAUUUGCUCCUUCGAUCCUUACCAGUUACUGCAAAGUGUCACCAGUGCAGAGUACUAUGCCUUAGUGAUCCAUCGAAGACGCGUCUUGUCACGACCGAUACAGUUGAGUUCCGCUGUAAUCAAACUGCUGGACGCCACGUUGAGCCUUCAAACAGACGGGGAGUUCAAAAUCGUCGUAAAGUCGAGAAUUUUCAAUUCGACCACCUGGAGGAACCUGUCGAACGAGACCUUGUCCGGGAUUCGAGAAGUGAAUCUAAACAUGGCGAAAGCGACACUAAAGGAGUUAAGCAGAUCGCCUAAGCAGUUUGCCAAAUUGGUCCGAACGAUUCAUGUUCUGGACUUCACGCUCGACUUGCUCGCAGGCGGGGAUGUUUGGCAAAAGCUUCGGAUCGUCUACGAGAACUCGAGGGUGAAAUCUAUCUUGACUCUGAUAGAAGACCUGCCGAAUCUCGUCGUCAGCGGUGUUGACACUUUCGUGAAGUCGGAGAGAUUGAACGAUUUCGUGGAGAAACUCGCGUUUGGCAAGGUACACCCGUGCGACAUCGACAAAUAUUUGAUCGUGCCCAGUUUCGUGAGGAAGAAGGUUCUCUUGUCGAGCAUUACCAACUUCUGCCAGAAGAUCGUUCUCACCGAGAGACAGCUGACUUUGAUCGAUAUAUUGCCCCUUGAUGUGAAGUACGAGGAAGGUCGAAUGGCGAGAAAUCAAUCCAGAGACUACAAUCAGACUUAUAUCUUGGAAACGAUCGAUCAUGUCGAAUCGACUAUGAUACGAGUUGCUUCGGAGGGUUUCAAGGAGCCGAAGAUUCCCACUUGGUGGACGUCCUUCAAGGAGGGCACCUUCGAAGACUUUUUGUCUCGCUAUAAGAAAGAGGAUUCAAGGGCGCUCGCACACUUGGUGGUGAAAAAGCUCUUCACGAUCGCUGGGAACAUUCUGAAUUCCGCUGAGAAUACCGAGGGUUGUCCCUGGUGCGUCACUGCUCCCAUAGAAAUUCUGAAUUCUCAGCUGCAGAACCAUCAACGUUACGCGAAUCUGCUCUGUCGGUUGAAUGGGUUAAACAUAUCAGAGAUUCACGAUAUCUUAUUGAGCGAUUUUGAUUGGAACAAAACUGCCAACAUGGUGAAGGAUUACAAGAAUCUGAGCGUCGAGCGAACCAGAAACGAAUUUAUGGCGAGCCUGGAAGGCACCUUUCAUCACGUGGUCGACAUCAUAGUGAAUUUUCACAACGAGACCUACAAAGAGAAGAGCAACGAGUGUUUUCAUAAAUUCGUAGGACAACCUGCCUAUUCCAGGCCCGGACUGUACGUGACCAUGGCCCUCGGUGUGCUGGACGCCCUGCAGAAGAACGUGUUCAUUCUGGACACGGGCCGGAAUCACAAGAACAUCGACGCGUUGUCCAGAAUGGCGGAGAAGUACGUUCCGAUCUGGAAGCCCGUCCGCGACGUGGUAAAGGCGUCGGACGUCGACGACGUGGAGGCGUUUUUGCCAGGGGCGAUGAUUAACGUGAACGCGGUGCUGAACGACAGAAACGAUUCUCUUUGUCGGACAAAGCCGGAAUGUCGGAACCGGACGAUUUUAUACAACUAUCUGAGCUCGAGGAAAGCGGGAAGAGUGUUCCAGUACGACCCAAAAUCGUCGAGUUACCAUUCCCUGAUGGAGAUCGCCGAUCGAUUGUCUGUUAGCCUGGACCUGGAUCGAAUCGAUCGCGAGCUAAAGCAAUGGCGAAUGGACGCCACGUGGAAUUUAACGUGGCUGAAGGAGAUCCUCAGGCACUUGUCCGUCGUUAUCGCGGAGAGCGGCAAUCUGCUCGACGUCGCCAGUAAAAUAGACUUCCAGGCCCUCUCGAACGUCCUGGAAGUUCCUGAUAUCGUCGAUGGGGUGGUUAAUAUCCUCAAGGAUAAGACGGUGGACAAGCUUUUCGACGGAAUGAAGGAGAUAGUGGAGAGCACUAAAGUGUUCGUCAAGGAUCCAAACGACCUGGACGAUAUUUAUCGAAUAAUCACAACGUUAGAGUCGAUGGAGAUCUUCAAGAAUUUAGGCUUGCUCGACAGGAAAUACGCUAUCAGGGACAUGUUCGACAACUGGGAUAUAGUAAAGUCAUAUUUGGUGGAUAAGAUAGGAAUUUCCAACGAUGUCGCGCUGAUGCUGAGCCAGGCCAAGAUAGACAUGAUUUCCGUUUUCCUGAGAGAGAGAAGGGCUUUCAGUUUGAAGGAGAUCAUUUGUUCGCCGAAGAAACUCAGCGACAUGUUGAAUUUUAACAGCGAUCGUAUCAACGCAGAAGAAGUCAGCUCUACUAUUUGCCAGCUCGAGGAUUCUCAGAGGCAAAACGUGACCAUAACUUUGAUUAAAAAUUUAAACUUCGAUUACAUCUUUAAGACCCUUAUGAGCGCGAACGUAAAAAAUAUAUUAACCAACGCAAAUUUGACGGAGAGGGAGGGGAAAAUGGUACUGGAUAAUCUUGGUGUGGCCGCGGAAUUGUUGCCAUUCUUCAGAGAUAAACUUUCAUCUCAAAUGCCAACGAUGGAAGCUUUGGAAACAGAUGCGGUGGAAGCGGACCAAACGGUUUCCACUUCCAAGUUCCUUCAAGAUUCCAGCGAGAUGCUGUGCGGCCAACCGAUAGUCUCCGAUAACGGACAAUUGUACAAAAUCAUUUCGCAGCUCGAAGACAAUAGCAAAGAAUUCGACAAGAUCGAGCUUGAUUCCCUACCAACCGACUUCUGCCGAAACAGCUACAAGGGUGUAAUCGCUAUGGCUGGCGGGAAAAUAAUAUGGUCUUACGUGAAACCACUGCUUCGUGGUCAAAUCCUUUACGCACCUAACACCACGACAAUCAACGAUGUAAUGACCCUUGCAAACAGGACGUUCGUGGAAAUGGAACAUUUCGGAAUAUUGAUCAGCAGUUUCGCAAAAACAUUAUCCUACUUAGCAAAUCUUACCGAGAUGAGUGACAAUUUAAAGGAACUUGAGGACAUAAUGUCUUCGGACAUUAUAAAAGUCGCGAUUAGGUCACUCAGUGGUGGCAACUUCGAAGGAGAUUUUACCAAUAUGAACCUCAGCGAGAUUUCCUGGCGACUUAAAAGAUCCAAACGUUUGAUAACGAUGGUUGGCAUGUUGAAUGAUUUAUUGGAGUGCGUGCUCGUGGAUCGAAUAAGAGGAUUUCGGUCCGAGGAGGAAAUGGAAGCCGAGGCUCGGGUUCUGAUGGAGACGCGGGAAUUUUUAGCCGGGGUUGUCUUUUUGGAUAAACCCUCGAAAAGGUCCAGCAGAUCCUUGGACCAAGAAUUGCCCGACAAUGUGGUGUACAAAAUUCGAAUGGACGUGGACUACGUGCAAUCCACGAAGAGAUUAAAAAAUCAAUUUUGGGUGCCUGGCCCGGAGAGCAGUUUUAUCGAGCAUUUGAGAUAUUUCAGAGGAUUUGUGCAGCUCCAGGACUCUAUCGAUCGUGCAAUCGUGAGGACGAAGAGCCAGAAGGACCUGGAUUGGAAAACUGUGACCCAACAAAUGCCGUAUCCUUGCUGGAAAGACGUACCCUUUCAAACUACCCUCUACGAGUCUCAAGGAAUCCAGGUUUGUUUCUUCUUCGCGCUGAUGAUGUGCGUCGGUGCUGCUGUCAGACACAUCGUUUGGGAAAGAGAAUCUCAAAAUGCAAUGGUAAUGAGCGUGAUGGGAUUGAGACCUUGGCGAAACACCAUGGCCUGGUUCAUCACCACGUUCGUAGAACUCUUAAUCGUGAUGUUCUCCAUAGCUAUGAUUCUACUCGUUGGGAAGAUUCUACCAAAAUCCGAUCCUUCUGUAGUUUUAAUCAUGAUGAUCGAUUACGCGUUCGCCAUCGUAACUUUCUGCUACAUGAUUUCAACGAUGUGCAGCUCAGCGAGCCUGGCCGCGAUCACCACAGUGGUUAUGUUCUUGCUGACAUUCAUGCCAUACGUCAUUGUCAUUGCUAUGGAGGCCGUUAUUGGUCUGGGGUAUAAGCUCCUCAUCUGUCUCAGCAUGUCCACCAGCUUUUGUUACGGUUGCUUGUACGCGGCCAGGAAGGAAGUUCAAGGGACCGGCUUAACUUGGAGCGCCAUGUGGAAGGAAUCCAGCCCAGGUGACUCGAUGUCUUUGGGUUUGGUGCUCCUGAUGAUUGCCUUCGACGGUUGUCUGUAUGCCGUAAUUGGUUAUCUCAUCUCCAGAUACAACAAUUCAGGCAGGGGCUUUCACGAUUUGAGGUCCCGUAGCUUAUGGUGGGCCGACACACGUUCUCUCUAUGGCAGGCCGAGCUACCUCACCUUCGUCAACAACCUCUAUUUCACUAACGACGUUCUCCACCCUUCAGCCACUUACCAAGACGAGGAAAGCGACGCGAGCAAUUUGACAGUGAACGAGAAGCAAACGGGAGUGAGGUUCGACGGCGUGAGGAAAGUCUACCAUACUGAUCAGGGUGAGGUCGUAGCUGUGGAUGACUUCACGUUGAAGCUGAGCGAGGGAGAGGUGACCAGUCUUCUUGGAAGGAACGGCGCCGGGAAAACCACCAUCAUCAAGAUGCUGACAGGGAUGCUGGCUCCGACCACCGGUGAGAUCUGUUUGAACGCUGAAGAGGGCUGCAAGCCCGACAUAGGGGUCUGCCCCCAGGAUAACGUGCUCAUCGGUACUCUCACGCCCAGGGAACAUUUGAUCUUUUAUGCGAAACUGAAACACCCCAAGGAGGACGUGAAUAUGCAACGAAACGUGAACGAGAUGUUGACGUCUUUGGAGCUAGGCAGACAGGAGCACGAACCAGUGUACAGGCUCUCGGGCGGCACAAAGAGACGGCUCUGCGUGGCUUUAGCGUUUCUAGGCUCCCCGAAGCUGGUGAUCCUUGAUGAACCAGGCGCGGGAGUGGAUCCCGCAGCGAGACGAAGGAUUUGGCGCCUAAUCGAUCAACACAGACUGUCGACUCAUCACUUGGACGAAGCUGAUAUACUCAGUGACACCGUCGUCGUGAUGCACAAGGGAAAGAUACUUUGCACGGGAUCACCGCUGUCUUUGAAGGUAAUGCAUGGCCGCGGAUACAGACUUCUCGUGUCGUUCCCUAUGGAUCAUGUCGGAAACGCGGAUGCCAUUGAGAGGAAGCAACUGGAAACUCUGAAGAGUGCGGUCGAGGAGGUAGUGCCUAACGCGGUGACUAAUGAAGUUUCUGGAACGGAGGUGGCCGUCACGUUACCAUUCCAGGGGAAGAACGGCAUAAAUAAUAACAUCGCGCAAGCUGCCAAGGUUCUCGAGGAUAACCGCAAAAUUUUGGGAUACUCUCAUUUUUCUCUGGAAUGUGACACCUUGGAAAGAGUAUUCUUAGACCUCUGUUCCAGAGCAGAGAAUGGGUCACCUGUCACCACGUCUUCUCAGGAUAGCGUCAUCGAUGUGAAUCAUCCUGUUCACGUGAUGCCCAAAGAUGACGUUGAUUUACUGGACAACGAAUCCCUGAAACCCUCUCCCAUCAGACAGAUGAAAGCGUUGCUGAAGAAACGAAUAUGGCACUUCAGAAAGGACUGGUUGACAUUCUUAGCCGGUCUCCUCUUGCCAACCAUGUUCGUGGCCGUUGCUAUGGGAUUCUCUUUGAUCAGACCUCCGUCCGGGAACGAACCACCAUUGGCCCUCUCUCCGAAAUUAUACGACACUCAUCCGACAUAUUUCUACAGCAUCGAUAAUGGCGCUGAUUCGUUCUUGCAACACGUCUCUCUCCAGCUUCACGAUCGAUUCGGGGAUGACUAUGCUGGCGCAUGGCAAACAUUGCCUAAUGACACAGGUACCUGCGAGUGUCUGGAUGGUCAACAGGUUUGUCAUGGUCUGUCGCAGGCCGUGGAAGGUCUGCUACAAGUGUUACCCGGCAGACCUACUCUGGAUUGGAUAGUAUCGACCCACCAAGAGUACAUAGAGAAAAGGUACGGUGGAUGGUCGUUGUUUCAUGCUAACGAGGAGCCACUCUUUGUCGUCUGGUACAACAACAAAGGUCAUCACGCGCUGCCGUCGUACUUGAGCGCCUUAAACGAGGCGAUCUUAAGAGCAUCCGGCGUGCAAGGUCGUAUAACGACCUUGAAUCACCCUCUAAAACUCUCGAGUGAUCAACUCAACCGAACGACCUUAUUGCAGCACGUAGCUGAUGUCGGUGUAGCAUUGGUGCUUCUGAUCGCGUUCAACUUGGUGGCUGCCCAGGGAUCCAAAGAACUGGUGAGAGAGAGACUGUCAGAGGAGAAGAGGAUUCUCUUCCUGGCUGGCGUCCAUCCUGUCACUUAUUGGACUACCGUAUUAAUUUGGGAUUUCUUCGUGUUCGGUUGCUCCAUUGGCUUGGCUGUGGUGAUCUUCGAGAUCUUUGGACUGUCUGCGUACGUAGCUAGGGACAAUUUGCCUGGAAUUUGCUUACUGCUGUUCCUCUUCGCGUGGGCAGCGUUACCGUUCUCGCACUUGACCGAAAAGGUGUUCGAUGACUCCAGCAUGUCGAACAUGGUCCUCUUCUGCGUGAACACGUUCAUAGGCGUGUCCUCUCUAGCCACUAUCUUGGUACUCGACAUUCUAGGCAGAACGAAAACCGCGGAGGACGUGCGAAACAUUCUGCACAACAUCUUGCUGAUCCUUCCUCAAUAUGCACUGGGCGACGCUCUGGUGCAGAUAUCGCGGAACGAUAUCACGGCUCAGUUGCUGGAGAAAUUUCACAUGGACACCUAUCAAUCACCUCUAAGCUGGGAACUUCUAGGUCUUCAUUACGUUUUCCUGGCGUUCGUUGGCGCUGUUUUAUUCUCUCUCAACCUGGUGGUCGAGUGUCGUCUUCUUCCCAGCUGGAAGAGACAGAGAUGUCCUUACGAGACGACCGAGGAGGACGACGACGUGUUGAUGGAAAGGAUGAGAGUGGAAGGCGGCAUGUCGGACGAUAUCCUGCAAACGGUGAAACUUCGCAAGGAGUACAGAAGCGUUUACGGGACGAACGUAGCCGUGCAGAAUUUAAGUAUCGGAGUGCAGGCGGGAAAAUGUUUCGGUCUUUUGGGCACGAACGGUGCAGGGAAAAGCACCACGUUCCGCAUGCUGACCACGGAGGUGAUACCGACGGCGGGCAGGAUCAUCCUGAAAGGCAACGAAAUCGGCUCAGGACCGUUGUGCAACGGAGAAGUCGGUUAUUGUCCUCAGAGCGACGGUCUGGAUGGUUUCCUCAGUCCGCAUCAGUGUCUAACGAUUCACGGGGAAGUUUGCGGGCUGAGCAACGUUCCCAAGGCGGUCGAGUCAGUGCUGAAGAGACUCGAUCUUCUGAAAUACGCGCACAAGAGGGUGAGCAAUCUUAGCGGAGGUAAUAAAAGGAAACUAUGCACAGCCUUGAGUGUCAUGGCGCCGGUACCCGUGGUUCUGAUGGACGAGCCAACGAGCGGCAUGGACCCGGCCACAAAGGACCUCGUAGCCAAAACGAUUAGGCGAAUGACGAAGAAUCAGAGCUGCGUGAUACUCACCUCGCACAGCGUGGCGGAGUGCGAGAAUCUAUGCACCAGGGUCGGAAUUCUCGCCAAGGCUGGUCUCAGAUGCAUAGGGACGCCGCAGCAUUUAAAGCACAAGUUCGGCGAAGGCUACGUGGCGUUCUUGCGAUUCCGACAGCCAAUCUCGUCGACGGAUCUGAAGAAGGCCAUUGCGAAGUGUUUCCCACAGGCUGUGGUCUCCACGAGGCAGGCCAGCGCGGCUCGCCUGCUGAUACCUCGAAGCCAGGACAUGCCAGUUAGCAGCAGCUUUAAUAAGCUAAAGCUGUUGGCCGAGGAACUGAAAGCCACCGACUACACGCUCACCCAAAGUUCGCUGGAUCAGGUGCUGGUGAAUUUUUCCGAGGAAAUGGACAACGAGAUGGACGGAUCGGUUUACACGCAGAGCAGCAGCAACGUCUCGAAUAUUUAUUCCAGCAUGGACACCAUACACAUGGACACGUUCUGAUAGGUUGCACGAUUCGGUUCCUGCUCGGCUAUCGUUGUGGAUUUGCAUUUUCUAUUUAACACGUGUUUUACGCAGUUUACGGAUCUUUUAACGACACAUAGAUCGUAGUAACUUCUGUGAUAGCUUUACUUUCGUUGUCUAGCGACACGUUGCACGCACGAUAAGGGGUUUCGAUUGCCUGCCACUUCGACAAAGUGCUCAUGAUUAAUUAGUCGUUGAUUUAUACAGGAACGGUUAUCGAGUUUUGAUAUGCAGUUGACGUUUCACGGGAUUGUUUCGCCCGAAAUUCUUUUUUACCCGGGUUACACGUUACGCGUGAUUAAUCAAUCGACGUUACACGCGUUGAUAUUAUUUUACAGGCCGUUAAUAGAUGGUCGCGAACCGUGUACGAUAAUUGUAGCUUUAAUUGUAGCGUAUCGUCUUUUCGCUCGAACACAGAGGCAUUCACAGAUAAGUGCUCAUUCCAUCCGAGAUAAAGUUGGAUCGUGUUGCAUAAAGCGAAGAAAUCAGGUCAACUACUCAAAAAUUUCCACGCGCCCCGAUAAAUGCGUAACAUUUAUCGGCGUUCUUCCUCGCGUGUCGGCACGUUAAUGAAUGCAUCGAUUAAAUGUAGAUAAAAUAUUAUGUAACGUUUCUUAAGAUUUUACUAUUUACCACGUUAUUAAAGAUGUACGAUUUUAGAGUUCCUUAUUAAACGACGGAAAGAAAAAGAGGAAAACAGAUAAAAGAAGGAGGGAAAAACGGAUAAACAAUUGCCCGAGGCACAUUUCGCGAUAUCCGAUUCGUCGAAAAUACCGAUUUCCGAAAAUUCUCCGAUAUCAGCCGGAAAAAAUAGCAGCAAGCUAACAUUGAGCAACGUCAAACGAUAUCUCUGGAGUGUAAUUGAUUCCCAGCAAGCGAGUACACGUUCCUGAGGACAGGCGCGCGUAGAUGGGUGAAAAAUUCGUGAAAAUCGAUAACGCCAGGUGGAACUGUGUCGUAACGGUUACGUUUAUCCGCGCAUUUUAUUUAUCGAUUAUGUGCCAGUAAAAACCGGUAUGCGCAGCAACGAUGGUUCGGUACCGCGC